AUGGACCGGCGAUACUUUAAGCCAAAGAAGCAAGUUUCGAGCACCGAGGCUGCGUCUCGUGGACGACAUCGAUCACAAUCACCGCGAAGGUCAACCCGUCACUUUACGAACCUGAAGCCGCUCACAUAUGAACCGUUGAGAACGUCUCGCUCGAUCAGAGUUGUCCAAAUUCUCAAGUUCAACAGAGAGAACCUCGAGAUCUUCGCUACACUGCACCAGGUAACGCUUGGCGAUACCGAAAAGACGACCACGAAGUAUGCCGCUUUGUCCUACACAUGGGGUCACCCAGUCACAUCCACAGAGCAUUGGGGGCCCUACAGUAUUAAGCCCGAGAAUACAAUCGCCAAAGCAAGACUCAUCUUGGUCCAACCCGGAGACUAUCUUCGCAUGGUCAGCGACGACAAUGCUAUCAGCGACUGUAGCUGGGUCGAUCCAUCGCGGCUCGCAGAGUACGAGAUGACAGAGAACCUAUCCGACUUUCUCGUAGGCUUGACGAGUCGAUCCGAGGAACGCGGUGCACACAUACCUCUCGUUUGGAUCGAUGCCAUCUGCAUAGACCAGACAGACCCCCAAGAAAAGGCCGUCCAGAUCCCCCUCAUGGGCGAGAUCUAUGCGCAGUCUUCUGCGGUAUACAUCUGGCUAGGGAAACAGGACCGAGACCUCCAGGGGCUGUACUGGAUAUACAGAACGCUGUUGCCGGCAAUCAGAGAGCGCCAGAAACAAUCGUCCUCAUAUCAGGAGUUCUUCCGGUGGCUUCAGUCCUACGGCCCGGGUGACGAACGACUGUUGAAAGAUCUUGGGCUAAAGCUUGAGAAAACCUCACUGAAGAAUCAGUGGAUUACAUAUCUCAUGUUCUUCGCAACAAGGUCCUGGUUCUUCAGAGCCUGGACCUUGCAGGAGGCUGUCGUCGCCAGCAACCCCGUCUUCGUUGUUGGAAACGAAUUCCAUGUCUUGACCUGGGCCGACACUUGGGAUCUGAGGAGAAUAGUACAGGCUUGGAGUAACGGUUUAUCAGAGUUGACGAUGGACAACAAAAACCUUGCUCCGGAGUUGAGAGGUAUCCGUCUCAUUCGAGGCUGGACCGAAAUAUUCCCUCUUCGAAGCACCUUCUCGAGCUGCCUCCGAGCUGAAAACAGAGUCUACUCAACCUUUGGCAUGGCCAAGAUGAUUUACCCUCCAGAAACGUCGCCCGAUUCUUGA